CAGGCAGCAAUAUUAGUCAGUCUCAUAUAGAAAGUUUCCCUGCCCCUCAGUAUAAUAAUAUUACAGCAAUACGGUUUGUUUUUUCUAUACAUCUGUUUGACCAGGGUUACUGCUUCUCUCUCGCACCAAGCUCAACAAACUGCGGCUUCCCAAGAUUGUAUCCUGGACAAAGGGCAAGAUUUGCUGCACAGCUCCGGUAUAAGAAGAUAUAGAUCGCCAUGAAGUCACAAAUUAUUGCAGUGUCUCUGCUUUUGCUGCUACUGAGCACAGGGAUUGAAAGUUACCGGAUACACAAGAGGGAAGCACCCACAUACCUUUCUCAGGUACAAGAUGCCGUUUCUUAUUCCUGGCUGCAGGUGUCUAACAAAGCACAGGACUGGUUUGAGGCAGUAAGAAAUCACCAAGUGGAGGAAAAAGCAAAGGAGAUUUUUGACAAGGGAACCAGUGCCGUGAAGCCAUAUUACAACAUCUUUUCUGAUCAGUUGUAUCACUGGUGGCACGCACAGUGACCGUCGGCUCAAGUCCACAAUGAAUGAACGUUGAACUCACUGAAAGAGGAUCAUUGUGCUUGUUACACGUAUACAUUCUUGCUAGAAGUACGCCUAAAGCAUAUGCCGUUCAAAGCUUUGUUUGCUAUGCUCACAGUGCCCCUGAUAUCAUUCCAUUAUUUAGUCUCAACCAAAAUAAAUCUUUGCAUGAAAAA